AUGACAGUCAUCGUCAACAAGAGCUUCCUUGUAUUCCCCGUCCUUCUUGCUAUCACCUUCACCUUCGCCCAUGGCGCUCGGUUUGAUGUCACAAACAGAUGCCCUUACACUGUGUGGGCAGCAGCCAUGCCCGGUGGCGGCCAGAAGCUAGACCCUUGCCAAACAUGGACCCUCGAAGUGGCCGCCGGCAGAACCCGGGCCCGUAUAUGGGGUCGAACCAACUGCAGCUUCGACGGCUCAGGCCGCGGCCGCUGCCAGACCGGAGAUUGCGGAGGCCUCCUCCGAUGCCAAGCUUAUGGGACACCCCCAAACACCCUAGCAGAAUUUGCCCUAAACCAAAACAAGAACUUGGACUUCUUUGAUAUCUCACUUAUUGAUGGCUUUAAUAUUCCCUUGGACUUCAGUCCGACGGCCUGUCCGACAUCAAAACGGUGUCGCGGCAUCCGGUGCGCCGCAGAUAUCAACGGACAGUGCUUGAACGAGCUACGAGCUCCCGGCGGUUGUAACAACGCUUGCACAGUGUUUAGGACAGAUCAGUUUUGCUGUAAUUCUGGGAAGUGUGGGCCCACAACAUAUUCAAGGUUCUUCAAGACAAGGUGCCCUGAUGCUUAUAGUUACCCUAAGGAUGAUGCUAUCAACACUUUCAUUUGCCCAGGAGGAACCAGUUAUAAGGUUGUCUUUUGCCCUUGAAUAUAUGAACAUGUACGUCGUUUCAUGUCUUAUGUAUAAUAUAUUACUCCUCGUACCUAGCUCCAAUCCCAAAUAAAAGAGAAGUGUAGGUAAGGAUUUGGCUCAUAGUAUACAAAAUUGUGGGAUCAAAUUCUGUUAUUAUAUGAUGACUUUAUUGAUGGAUGAUAU